CUGGGAACGAACCCCUGACCAUCCUCCCUCUGACCUCAGAAAUGGAGGAAGCUGCCGUCAAAGCCCACUACAAAGUCUGUGACCGCCUGAAGCUGGAGAAGAAGCAGCGCAGGAUGUGCCGGCGGGACCCCGGCGUGGCCGAGACCCUGAUGGAGGCAAUCAGCAUGAGCGCGCUGGAGUGCCAGUACCAGUUUCGCUUCGAGCGCUGGAACUGCACCCUGGAGGGUCGCUACCGGGCCAGCUUGCUAAAGAGAGGUUUUAAGGAGACUGCCUUCUUGUACGCUAUCUCCUCUGCGGGGCUGACGCACGCCAUGGCCAAGGCAUGCAGCGCGGGGCGGAUGGAGCGUUGCACCUGUGACGAGGCCCCCGACCUGGAGAACCGUGAGGCUUGGCAGUGGGGUGGCUGCGGAGACAACCUGAAAUACAGCAACAAGUUUGUCAAGGAGUUCCUGGGGAGGAAACCCAACAAAGACCUGCGAGCCAGGGUGGACUUCCACAAUAACCUCGUGGGCAUGAAG